AUGGCAUCGUCAACCGAAACAGACAUACCACAUCGACGGUGGUUGGUAGUUGGCACUGUUCUCCAUAGAGUUCUCAUGCCGUAUCUUAGAAUGAAGAUUCAACAGGAAAUGACCCCAUUUUACCAAAAUCUGGUUGCAAAUUUUGGUAUAGACAAGCAAACGUAUCCGCCUCACCUGAGAACUAUUUCUAAAAUGAAGCUGAACUACGAAAGCAUCAACAACAAUGCCGGCGGGUCUCGAGACCCGCAUUACUAUGACUAUAGUGUACAAGAUGAAGUGUCAUUGGCUAAGUUGUUUAUAAAGUCUCACAUGGCACAUUUCAAUGCAUUUGACAGUUCUUUUGAUGCUUCAGCGGCUCUGGCUGUUCUUUGCUGUGCUACGCCAUUUACGUCUUCGAAGCUGUGUGCUCUACGUGUGAGAUCUGAAGUACGAAACGAAUGGGCCCAUUGUGACUAUGCAUCAUGGACAGACGUGAAAUACGAUACAUGCUUUGAUCUAAUGAAAACCUUGGUUGAACAACUAGGAUUUACCGCAGCAGAGGAAGAAAAACUCCUGGGUAAUCUGCAGUUGUGGAGGAUACACGGUAAGAUACCAAUACCCAUUUUUUGAUCAUAUAGUAUAGUGCUUAACAAUAUAUGCUUCAGCUGGUGGCUCUCAGAAAUGAACCAUAGAAUUUGUUGAGAUUUACGUCCCCAGCGUCUUGUGGUGAUGUUUUUCACUUGACGCUAAUAUUCAAAUCAUUAAAAUUGGAAUAUUUAAAAAUAAUAUGCGGUUUAGCAAAGCUGAAAAACAGAGUUCCAGCUGGUUAUUUUUCACUAGCCUUCACUUGAUUUCCCCGAAGGUUGUUGGGGAGUUUAUUUACAGAAAUGUAGGGAUCGGUUACCAUUUGCAAAGAGGGGAUUAUCCAACUUUUUAAGCUAAAUUUUAAACAUCUGAUCGAGCAACGUUAGGUAUUUUAUGUACUGAAAAUUAUAAUAUUUUGAAUUUCCGUGUCGUUGAAUUGUAAAUUUAACUUGUUUUUCAUAGAAAUCUAGCCUCCGUAGCAAGCGUUUCCGCUCCAGUUAUUAGUCUAUUGGCCACAAGGACUUAGGCUACGAGUAGUCCCCCAUUUUUCCUCAGGGAUAGUAGAGCGAGCGAAACGCGAGUGCGCGUGAAAAACACCCCACGCGAGAAAAGGCGACUCGCACUAUACACAACUCCAUCACUAGUACAUUUUAGUUUGAAUUCAUCGCAUCUUUUGAAUGUAAAACAUUGACAAUGCUCACACUGGAAUGUACUUGUCAUGGAUAUAUGUAUUGUCCGCAUUAAUUUGGAAAAAUUAGCUUAACAUCAAAACAGUGUGUUUUAGCGCGGAUUUUUGACCGGUUCGUAGGAUAGGUUUGUCUUGAAAUUUCAAGGUAUUGCAGUGAAUCAAUCUUAAUGAAAGUUUCAGACAUUGUUAUAUACAUUAUGAAGAUUAUGUGAAGAGAUUUUAAAAAAAUUCGUUCUAGUCGUUUCAGAGAUAUACAAAAAAGCGCUAAAAGUCCAAAUUUUGAAUGAAACGAGUUAGGUUUUAAGAUCGCAAGAACGAAAAUACACCGUCAAGUUUUCUAGCAUCGAAAUAUGAUAUUAAGCAGCAUUCUGACGCUACUUAAGAAUAAUCUGAGUGGUUUAUAACGUUUUUAUUAAAUAAUCUAUCACAGCUAUUUAAAAUUUAAGGUUUGGAAUAUAUUUUGGUUUCAGUCGAAUUAAACAUACAAUUUUUUUUACUUCUUACGAAGGUUAUUUGCUAAACACCAAACUUUAAGUUCCAGUAGUGUUGAAUUUUCAGUAGCUGGUCUAGAUCGAGCAAAAUUAGGAAUUUUUCAAUUUGAAAGUUUUUUGUUUAUUGUUGUCAUAGUAUUAUCGAUUUUACUAAAACUUACAUUUUGACAAACUUUAAUCUAUAGUCAGUCAUUGGUGAAAAUUUUAUAGCGAUCAGACAAGGAUAAAAUUAAUCACUUUUAAAGCGAUUGAAAAAUAUCGGUAUUUAAGGUAUCCUACAAUUCAGUCUUCUGACUGCAAAAGGGACAAUAAACCAGUGAUUUCAUUUGAUUUGAUUUGGUUUGUCCGUCAGAUCGAGUCAGCUCGCUCCUGUAUUCUGCAGUUAUGAAUUAUAUAGGGCCGGAAAUCAGUAUUGUUACUAAACGAUAUCCCGAGAGGUAAUUGCCUGUAUAAGUGAUUUUUCCAAAGCCUGAAAUGAAACUUCUGCCAUUCACCUCAGUUUUUAGUGCGUACUUUAAGGUGGCUCGACCCAGUAUUUUUAUAGGAAAACUCUCCGUCUUUGAAUCUCUUAUACUUAAACAAAUCGAUCUGUAUUGUAAAACGAUUAUGACACAUGGGUUACACUUAGACUAAACUUUAUUAUGGUAUUGUUUUUUGGUGAUCGGAAUAUAUGUCAUGUAUAAUGACGUCACGAUGGUUUUAGCUCUAAAUCGAAUUUCAGCCCUGUUCAGGCAUUUUCUUUUUAAAUACGUCUCGCUACUUAUUCUUUAGAUAAAUGUCUUCUGCUGUGCGAAGUUUCGCAAACAUCUAUAAGAAGAAUUUCGAGAUAUCUUGGAAUUUCUAUAAAUAGGGUAUAAAUUAUGCCUGCACUGAAGACUGGACUUAAUGCAGACAGAUUUGCUACGUUUUGGAUGUUUCCCAAAAGGUUUUAUCCCUCAGACGUUCGUUUUGCAAAUGACCCUUAUACAUUCUAGAAGCCGCUGAACGCCAGUACACUUGUGCGAUUUCGAAACACAUGAAAACGUAUGAAUCAGGGUAAAACGCAGUGCUUAGCUCUUUUUGUAAUUUCUAAGGCUACUUUCACGAAAACAGCGAUUUAAGAAAAAUUUCGUCGAUUAAUUUUGUUAAAACUUUUUUAAUACAUCAAUUGAUCAGUGUACUAUUUAAUCCCCGAAUUUGGUGUCGAUCGAAAAAAUCUAAAGUUGAAUAACUUAGGCUCAAAAGGGAGUGAAUACUGAAGCGAAUUCAGAGGGCAACUAAGCGCGGUAAAUUCUCGCGUGUUGCAUGGGAAUUUGAUGUUGUGCUACCCUCAGCUGAAAAUCACGUCUUUUGAAGUCAACACGAACUGUAUUUCAAAAGCAGUCUUUUAAAAUUCCAGGGCGGACGUGAUACUUUGGUACAACCCCCCGCUCUUCUCUCCCCCCCUAAUUAAGUCAUCGCACAACUAAAGCGUAGCUCGACCAACAAUGUCUUGUCCCUAAAAUCGCCUCUCAGCAAUAUUAAAAACGCGUUAAAAUUAGUAGAUUUAAAAAAUAUCAUUGAUAGGGGCAUGUAUUGGGGUUUCUCUCUCACCUCAGCUCACGCUUAUCAAAAAUUGGUGACCAGGAAAGUCCAUUUAUGGCAUGAAUUCCAGUGUCAAUGAGAGCUGUCUGAAGGAAUAGUCGAUUCUUAGAAUCCACUGUCUGUUUUGAUGCAAUUUGGAUCAAAACCUCUCCCUGAGGAGCAUUCCUUUUUUUUCUUUUUACUGGUCUAGUCGUUCAGUUUAGAAUAAUGGUAAUUGAGUGUAGUAGAGGUUUACUUGUAAGAUUUAUUAAUGGCCUAAUGACUGCUUGUCUGUUCUCAUUCUGCAUAGGAUUAGAAUUCUGUGUUGGUAAGCCCCUUGAUGACUCUUUCCUUCAUGCGAUACGCGAUGAAGUUCAAGCGCUUUCUGGGUCACUAGAAAAAAGAAAUAGCGAUAUAAAGCAGCAAGUACGUGACAUGCUAAAGUGUGAGUUUGACAAAAUUCAAGCAAUGUUUUGUGAAGUGAUCAGAGGCGGGCACGAAAAAGCACUGUCAAACCAAGAGCUGAGACCGGAAGUUUUUGAUGCGCCAGAUCGAAACAAGUGGUUUACAGGAAGACAAAUAGAGAUAGAAUCGCUUAAAAGGUGCCUUGCUUUGAAAAACAGCGACCACGACUUUAGAAUGGUGGCUAUUUGUGGCCUUGGUGGAUGUGGAAAAACGACUUUAGCAGCUCAAUUUGCUUGGGAACAUAAACGAGAAUACGAGGGAGGUGUAUUUUGGGUGUCAAUGGAGGAUGAGAAGAAGUUUGACAGUUGUGUCAAUGACCUGGCUAUACGUUUAGGACUGAUGGCAGAUUCAUCAGAUUAUACACUGUCAAAAAUUCUUUCGUUUAUAUCCUGUCAAAAAAAGCGGUGGUUAAUGGUACUUGACAACGUCGACCAACCACAACUUUCUGAUUACAUGCUUAAAGUUUUGUCUGGAAGAUGGAAAAGAGAGUCAAAUGGCCACAUGAUGAUAACAACAAGACGGGAAAGAAAAGAAAUUUGUCAGUGGAUGGAUCUUGAGCCACAUAGUUGUGUAGAAGUCUUCUCUUUUUCUAUCCAAGAAGCAAAAAAGUUUCUGUUAACUCGUGCUGGCAAUGACAAUGCCGCAGGCCAGGAGAAUACGCUAAAUGAGCUGGUGGUUGAGCUUGGAUGUCUUCCCCUUGCCUUAGAGCAGGCUGGUGCACAUAUCCAAUCGCUUCAGUGCUCUUUAAGUAAAUACCUGGAGCAAUACAAACUCGAACGGUUGCAGCUGUUGAGCGAGCAUCAAGCAAAUCCCUCCUGGGAAUACGAGUCUCAAAAUCGUCUUUCAGUCCACACUACAUGGUUAUUAAACUUUGAGUACGUGAAGAACUCAAAGUAUGGAGAAAUAGCAACCAGAUUUGUACAUGCAGCUGCUUUCUUUGAUCCGGAUGAAAUCCACGAAGGACUUAUUAAUGCAGAGCUGCUUUCUCGUGUCGUUCCAGAUGGAAAAAAAAGGAAACUCCCUCUCACGAAUAUCCAGAUAGUAGAAGUUUUGACCAAGUUUUCACUUUUCCAGAGAAAGUCUGUUGGAUGUAUUAGGUUACAUCGCGUAGUGCAGGAAGUCAUUCGUGCUUCAAUGAAACCAGAAGAAAUUGCAAAGGUAUUGUGCACUUCAUUUCAGCUGCUAAAGAAUGCCGCUUUGGCGGACAGUGAAUCAGUGACAGAUACAUCUGUGUUCUCCAUUAUCCGUCACUGGCUGUCAUUAAAGAGGCAUACGGAGUACCAUUUAUUACACUUUGGACAUACACUGGAUGUCUUGCUGGCUGAAGAAUUGAACAUAUUAAUAAAAGAAGGUGCCCACGAAAUAUUGUUAGCAGUCACUCAUACUUUAGAAAAUUCAAAGCAAUCUUUUGAAAAUUACCGUCGAUUGUCAGCGUUGGUCGAUGGUGAUUACGACAAGUAUCUAGGCGAACGAGAUCUG